AUGGCGGGUUCUGAGUUGAGGAUAGUGCUGCUUGUAAAAACUGCAGCUGGGAAGAGUGCAACAGGAGACACAGUCCUGGGCUCAAAGAAGUUUAUAUCUAAACCUGCUGCUGGUUCAGUUACAAAAGAGUGUGUGAAGUUAAAAGGAGAAGCUGAAGGGAGACCCGUUGCUGUGGUCAACACUCCAGGCUUGUAUGACACUGUGCUUACUAAUGAAAAAACUUUACUUGAAGUUUUGAAGUGCAUUUCUCUGUCUUCCCCGGGACCCCAUGCAUUUCUGAUGGUGCUACAAGUGGGUUGAUUCACAGAGGAAGAGAGCGAGACAGUGAAACUCAUCCUCAAAUAUUUUGGAAAAGAAGUUGAUAGAUACACAAUGGCAGUCUUCACCCGCGGAGAUGAUCUGGAAGGUCUGACCAUAGAAGAAUACAUCGAGACAACUAAUAAGCAUUUGAAGGAGCUUCUACGGAAGUAUGGGAACAGGUGUCAUGUCUUCAACAACAAGAACAUGAGCGAUCGCACCCAGGUCACUGAGCUACUGGAGAAGAUAGACAAGAUGGUGGAAGCAAACAGAGGAAAGUGCUGCACCAAUGAGAACUACAAGAAGGUUGAAAUGGCCAUUGAAAAAGAGAAAAAGAGGACAAUGAAGGAAAAUUCAG